GAAGUGAUCCCUGUAUCUCUGCAAACAGACAUGGCGUGGGAAUAGCAAAUAUACAUGUCAACAGACAAUCAUUGACCCACCACAUACCUUUUCCUCUUCUCAAUACCCAAUCUUAGUACAUCUUCAGCUUCAUAUUCUUUUUCUCCCCAAUCAAAAUCCCCAUAUUCUCGACCCUGUUCACAAAACCCCACUCAGAUGUCAAAUCUGAAAUGGGGUUUUGUGCUUUGCAUCUAUUUUUUCAUCAUCAAUCUUUGCAUAGGCAGUUGUAGCAAUAGUUUUUCUUCGGACCCACAUAACCAACAAUUGUUAGACAGAGUUUCAAACCUUCCAGGCCAAGCCUUUGAUGUGAGCUUUGCACACUAUUCUGGGUAUGUCACAGUCAAUAAGGAAUCUGGGAGGGCCCUCUUUUACUGGUUUGUUGAGGCUGUUGAUGACCCUUCUUCCAAGCCUCUGGUUCUUUGGCUCAAUGGAGGGCCUGGCUGUUCAUCAAUCGCUUAUGGAAUGGCUGAGGAAAUUGGACCUUUUCACAUUGAGAAAGAUGGGAAGACUCUUUAUUUGAACCCUUAUGCUUGGAAUCAAGUUGCCAAUGUACUGUUUCUUGAUUCCCCUGUUGGAGUUGGUUUUUCAUAUUCGAACACUUCAUCUGAUUUGCUGAACAAUGGAGAUAAAAGGACUGCUUCCGACUCACUGACAUUCUUACUGAAUUGGUUUGAGCGUUUCCCCCAGUAUAAAGGAAGAGACUUCUAUCUCACAGGAGAGAGUUAUGCAGGACAUUAUGUUCCCCAGCUAAGCCAAGCCAUUGCGAGGUACAACUCAGCAAAAAAGGAAAAAACAAUAAAUUUAAAGGGCUACAUGGUGGGAAAUGCUUUAACGGAUGAUUAUCACGACCAUUUGGGACUUUUCGAGUUUAUGUGGUCAGCUGGUAUGAUUUCUGACCAGACAUACAAGCAGCUGAAUCUUUUUUGCGACUUCCAGCCAUUUAUACACUCCUCAGAGAAGUGUGAUAAGGUUCUGGAUAUUGCUAGUGAAGAACUCGGAAAUAUUGAUCCAUAUAGCAUCUUCACUCCUCCGUGCACUGCCAAUUUUAGCUCAUCAAACCGGCUAUUGAAGAGACGCCAUGUGGUUGGUCAUAUUGGCCGGACAUACGAUCCAUGCACGGAGAAGCAUUCGGUUGUCUACUUCAAUCAACCUGAGGUUCAAAAGGCACUUCAUGUUCUCCCGGCAAGUGCACCAUCUAAAUGGGAUACCUGCAGUGAUUUGGUAAAUGAAAAUUGGAAGGAUUCCCCUACCUCAGUGCUCAACAUCUACCGUGAACUUAUCCAUUCAGGACUACGUAUUUGGAUAUUCAGUGGCGAUACAGAUUCUGUAAUUCCAGUUACAUCCACCCGGUACAGUAUAAAUGCUCUCAAGCUUCCAACUGUUAGCCCUUGGCAAGCUUGGUAUGAUGAUGGGCAGGUGGGAGGCUGGACACAGGGGUAUGCGGGGCUCACAUUCGUUACAGUAAGAGGAGCAGGUCAUGAAGUACCCCUGCAUAAACCCAAACAAGCCUUUACACUCUUCAAAUCCUUCUUGUCAGGAAACUCAAUGCCAGCACUUGAGCAAGUCAGUGACUCUUGAGAAUUUUUAUUCCACCAAUUGGUGCUUCUUUCUUGAAUUGCAAGAAAGCAGUUUGUUGUAGAAGUGCAAUGCUGUCAAGGAGUGACUUUUAAUUCCAACUGACAUUGUUUGGACACCUUGAAUGACUUUCUAUACUCAAUAAAAGCUUAAUUGGUGUUGGUUGCAAAACUA